AUGGCGCCCAAGCAGUCGACUUUGGGCAAAUUCUUCGGUGCCAAGGGCGCCCCUCCGCCUCAGCAGACAAAGCUAUCGUUCGCGACCAAGGCGGGACGUAACAAGAAGGAAGAGACGGGUGCAGACGUCGAGGAGAAAGAGAUUUCGGAUCCUCACAACUCGACUAAGAAGCGUCAUCGUCAAGAGAACGGAGCCGAAUCGAAAGACACGAAUGAGUCAAAGGAGAAGGAAGUAGAAGAAGAAGACGAUGAAGAUGUUGCGCCGGUGACGAAGAGGGCUAGGAGGAAUCGUGUCAAGGUCGAAGAGGAGGACGAAGAUGAGGACGAGGUGCCCGUCAAGAAGGAUGGCAAAUCCCCAAAGAUCAAGAAGGCGAGUUCUCCGAGGAUCAAGAAGGCGGAUUCUCCAAAGAUCAAGACAGAAGAGGCUGCUUCUACUGCUGUCGAGGUGACGAAGGAUACAGACGAGGUGGAGGCUUCAUCGUCUACAUCCGAAGCCGAGAUGGACGACGAUGACGACAACGACGAGAAGAAGGAGGUAGUGGCUAAGGCACGGAAAAGGGUGCAGAGCAAGCUGAUAUCCGAGCACAAGGAGGACCCAUAUCCCGACUGGAAGGCAGGAACGCCGGUGCCUUACGCGGCCUUGUGCAAGACGUUCUCGCUCAUCGAGAUGACGACGAAGCGGCUCGUCAUCAUGGAGCACUGCUCGCUGUUCCUGCGACAGGUGAUGCGGCUGACGCCCGAUGACCUGCUGCCGACGGUGCUGCUGAUGAUCAACAAGCUAGCGCCCGACUACGCGGGCAUCGAGCUAGGCAUCGGCGAGUCACUCAUCAUGAAGGCCAUCGGCGAGACAACGGGCCGCAGCCUGCAGGUCAUCAAGUCGGACCAGAAGGAGAUUGGCGACCUGGGGCUAGUGGCGGUCAAGAGUAGGUCGACACAGCCCACCAUGUUCAAGCCCAAGGCCCUGACGGUGCGUGGCGUGCACCAGGGCCUGAUGGACAUUGCCACCGUGACAGGCAACGGGGCCCAGGGCCGCAAGGUGGACGGCAUCAAGAAACUGCUCUCGGCGGCUGACGCCCACGGUACCGGCAAGAUCGACAUCACCCAGGACAAGGGCGGGCCUAGCGAGGCCAAGUACAUUGUGCGCUUCCUAGAAGGCAAGCUGCGCCUGGGUCUGGCCGAGAGGACCGUGCUCGUUUCGCUCGCGCAGGCGGCCGUCUGCCACGAGGCCGACGCCAAGGGCAAGCCCCCCAGCACCGCCGACAUGGAGCAGGGCGAGGCCAUGCUCAAGGCGGUCUACAGUGAGCUGCCCAGCUACGACGCCAUCAUCCCUGCCAUGAUGGCCAAUGGUAUCCUCCAACUGUCGGAGACGUGCAAGCUCCAGCCCGGCGUGCCCCUGAAGCCCAUGCUCGCCAAGCCCACCAAGGCCAUCACCGAGGUGCUCGACCGGUUCGAGGGUCAGACCUUUACGUGCGAGUAUAAGUACGACGGUGAGCGCGCCCAGAUCCACUACGUCGCCAAGGAUGCGCCGCAGGAGCUCAGCCAGUCGGCCCCCGGCGCCAACAAGGAGGCCGCCCGGGGCGUGGCCAGCAUCUUCUCUCGCAACUCGGAGGACUUGUCCAAGAAGUACCCGGACGUGCUGGCCAAGCUGGACACGUGGAUCAAAGACGACACCAAGAGCUUCGUGCUCGACUGCGAGACGGUGGCCUGGGACGUCGAGGAGAAGAAGGUGCUGCCCUUCCAGCAGCUUAUGACGCGCAAGCGCAAGGACGUGAAGGUCGAGGACGUGAAAGUGAAAGUCUGCGUUUUCGCCUUUGACCUGCUCUACCUCAACGGCGAGCCCGUUGUCCGGAAGCCGCUGCGCGAGAGGCGCCAACUCCUCAAUGACGCCUUUGCCCCUGUCGAGGGCGAGUUUGCCUUCGCCACGUCCAUGAACGGUCAGGAACUCGAUGAGAUCCAGGUCUUUCUCGACGAGAGCGUCAAGGCCUCGUGUGAGGGUCUCAUGGUCAAGAUGCUAGAUGGCCAUGAGAGCGGGUACGAGCCCAGCAAGCGUAGUCGAAACUGGCUAAAGAUAAAAAAAGACUACCUCUCAGGCGUAGGCGACUCCCUCGACCUCGUCGUGCUAGGAGCCUACUUCGGGAAGGGCAAACGCACAUCAGUCUACGGCGCCUUCCUACUAGCGUGCUACAACGCCUCGUCGGACACAUACGAGACGGUAUGCAACAUCGGCACUGGAUUCUCGGAGCAGGUCCUCGAGGAGCUGCACGGCCAGCUAUCGGCCAUCACCAUCGACCGCCCCAAACCCUUCUACUCCCACUCGACGGGCAACCAGCACCAGCCGGACGUGUGGUUCGAGCCCCGCUACGUGUGGGAGGUCAAGACGGCCGACCUGACCCUGUCGCCGCGCUACAAGGCCGGCUGCAAAGAGGGCGUCGACCCGGCGGCCGGUGGUGGCCCGGAUGCGAAGGGCAUCAGUCUGCGCUUCCCUCGCUUCAUCAAGCUCAGGGACGACAAGAAGCCCGAUGAGGCUACCUCAAGCAGGCAGGUCGCUGAGAUGUACUGGAAGCAGGAGAGCAUUACCAAGAACAAGGGUCCCGCUGUGGAUGACGAUUUUGAGUAUUAG